AUGUCUAAGGAGGAGGAAGUAAAGGAAGGGUCUAAGAAGGAGGAAGGAAGGUGGUUAGGGAUCUUAGAAGGAAAGGAGGAGGGGCAAGACGACGCAGUAGAAGAAAUUGAAGAAGAGGAGGAAGAAGAAGAAGCAGGAAAGGUGCAGGAAGAGAACGGGAACAAAGAUAAGGAAGAUCCACGGUUGCACUCCUCAUGUCCACCCCUAACAAUGUCCAACCCUGGUAAGAAGUCUCUAAACCUGCAGCAGAAGAGACUAAUUCCAAACAAGAAGAACCACCCGCUGCUCCUGGUCUUCCUGAAGAUGGUCCUCAAAAAUCUGCUGAAACUGCUGUACUGGUACUUUGGUAUGCUUGGUAAAAAUAGAAGACGUUACAAAAGAGCUUAUCAAGCACGUAGUCCCUCCUUAGAACAGCAGAUUGUUGACCAUUUGGACCAGGAUGAUGCUCCACGUGAAUAUUACAUUGUAAAGGAACGCAAACCUCGUUCUACGCCUAUAAAAAGGAGGAAAAAACAUGCCGGCCAUCGCCGUGCUGGUGUACGUCGCCGCAUGAUUAUUGAUAUUCAUUUAGAAAUCUUAGACGAAUGUCAAAAAGGGGACCUGCAUUGGACGAAGGAAGACUUUUUCGAAAUUUUGGUUCAAGAAUUUAUGGGAAGCGAAUUUAUAAAGGAGGAAGACUUUGCUCCAAAGGAAGUUGUUCCUAGGGAAUGUGAUACUAAGGAACGGGUUCUAAGUUCAGAUUCCGGGUUUAGGGAAGGAACACUUUGUUCCUAA